UCCCACACAAACUCUCUCUCUCUCUCUCUCUCUCUCUCUCUCUCAGACAUUCACGUGAAUGGCCUUGCUCAACGCCAUCGCCAGACGAUCAUCAAUGGCCGCCGCCGCCGCGCUGCUCAGGCCGUCCACCGCCACCGUCCUCCUCCGCUGCAUGAGCAACGUCCCCGAGAACGCCGUCUACGGCGGCCCCAAGCCCCAGUCCCCGGCCAAGCGCGUCACCCUCACCCACCUCCGCCAGAAGCACCGCCGGGGCGAGCCCAUCACCGUCGUCACCGCCUACGACUACCCCUCCGCCGUCCACCUCGACAUGGCCGGCGUCGACGUCUGCCUCGUCGGCGACUCGGCCGCCAUGGUGGUCCACGGCCACGACACCACCCUCCCCAUCUCCCUGGACGAGAUGCUCGUCCACUGCCGCGCGGUGGCGCGCGGCGCCAAGAGGCCCCUGCUCGUCGGGGACUUGCCUUUCGGUAGCUACGAGUCGAGUUCGAAUCAGGCUGUUGAUACGGCGGUUCGAGUGCUGAAGGAAGGAGGAAUGGAUGCGAUUAAGUUGGAAGGAGGGUCGCCUUCGAGAAUUACUGCUGCGAAGGCAAUAGUGGAAGCUGGAAUUGCAGUAAUGGGGCAUGUGGGGCUAACUCCUCAGGCAAUUAGUGUUCUUGGCGGAUUUAGGCCUCAGGGGAAGAAUAUCUCUAGCGCCGUCAAGGUUGUGGAGACUGCAUUAGCUUUGCAGGAAGCGGGGUGUUUUUCCGUUGUUUUGGAAUGUGUACCAGCACCGGUGGCUGCAGCAGCUACUUCAGCUCUUAGAAUUCCUACUAUCGGCAUUGGAGCUGGACCAUUUUGCAGUGGUCAGGUUCUAGUAUACCAUGAUCUGCUUGGAAUGCUCCAACACCCUCAUCAUGCCAAGGUCACGCCAAAAUUCUGUAAACAGUAUGCCCAAGUUGGGGAUGUUAUCAACAAAGCUCUUCUUGAAUACAAGGAAGAAGUGACGAGCGGCUCGUUUCCUGGUCCUGCCCAUAGCCCCUAUGAAAUUAGUCCUACUGAUUUCAAUGGAUUCCUUAAAGAGUUACAGAAUCUGGGGUUGGAGAAGGCAGCAUCAGCAGCUGCUGCUGUAGUUGAAAAGAGUGAUAAAUCUAAAUGUAGCGAUGGAGAGAAUGCCACAAAAUAAUUGAAUGGUGCCUUUUCUCGCUCUGCAUCUUCAUAAUUGGGACAAAGAUUCUGCAAUGUUGGACUUCUUAUCAGUUUGGAAUGUUGUUUCAGGUGCCCGCACUUUAGGAGUUCAAAAAAAUAGUUCCCGCAUCAGCAGUCAUUAGAAGUGAAGAAAUAACCCACAUCUUCUCGGAAUAGUUCAUUUUUCUGUUGUUCUUCCCCUUUUUCUUUUUAACUCCCUUUGAAAUGUCAUCUGAUGAAUAAUGACUCCACCAUUCUGGCCAAAAAGGAAAAAUACUCCAGGUUACUGACUACUAUAUAUUGUGAUAAGCCAUUGGUUGAUGACCUCAGUUGUUGCUGGGAAGAUGAUUGCUCCGGCCAUAACCCCGAGUCCAUCACCAGGCUUGAGCUGUCCAAUUUGACGGGCCGAGUCCAUCACCAUGCUUAAUGAGGCUGCUGGUUCCAGUUCGGUGGACUUGGACCAGCUAUAUCAACCUUAAGGCAAACAAACAGUGGAAGAAUCUUAUGUACAAGCCAGACCCAGUUGAUUCUUCAGGUUUCAUGGAAGUGACUGAAUAUAGGAAGUGACCUUUUGGGCAUUGACUGAAGGACGUUGGUUUUGCUUCUUGGUUGAUGUACUUUUGUAUACUGAAAUGGUGGACUAGAUGGUCGUUCGUCGUGUUUAUUGCCAGUUCAUCCUAGUAACUGAAUAAAGGAAGUGACCAUUUUGUUCUCAUUCUCUUGUAAUAAACAAUUGGAUUCUCUCUGGGUGAUCUCCAUCAUGUUUGUUGCCAGUUCA